AUGCCUUACAACCAUCAACCGCAGUUAUCUAUCAACUCUAUCCAGUCCCUGGUAGAGCCGGUAACGCCUCCACUUGGUCAGAUGAACAACAAGCAGAAUCAUCAGAGAGCAAAUUCGUUAGACCUCUCGGGGUUCAAUCAAUUCAUGGCCAAUAAUUCUCCGAUGAAUCUUGGAACGCUGUCUCCCAUCUGUGGAGGAGGCGGUGGCGGCGGAGGGGGCGGAGCAAGUAGUGCUUCGAUUCAAUCAAACACCUCUGCAAAACCACGCAUUACUUCUUUGCCCUUGAUCAACGAGUUUGACAUUUCCUCGAUGGCUUCGGCUACCACUUUGAUUCCUGUCAACGACCAGGCUUCGAUCGGUUCUUUGUCUGCAUUGCCCUCGCUGAGGACUGUCAGUGGCUCUACUGUUGCAUCGAAUUCGAACCAGACAAUUGGGGCUUCUAAUGCGUCAGGUGCAACUGUAGUUGUAGCCAGGUCUUCAUCGUCUGCUUCGUCCUCUGCUUCGGCUGGCACUGGUACCGGAAACAGCAGCGGGAAUAAUGAUAACCACAACAGCAGUAACAACAACAACAAUAACCAGAGCAGCAAUAUCAACGCUAACGGUAACGGCGGUUCGGAUUUGGGGUCGUUACCCAUCGAGGAUUUGGAUUACUUGCAGCUUGCCACCGACCAGUAUGGUUGUCGUUUUUUGCAAAGAAAAUUGGAGAACCCUGCGGAGUCUGAUGAAGUUCGUGACUUAAUGUACAAACAAAUCAAGCCUUACUUCUUGGAUCUGAUCCUAGACCCGUUUGGUAACUACCUGAUUCAGAAACUAUGUGAAUAUUUGACUACGGAACAAAAAACCUCUAUGAUUCAAGAUAUAUAUUCUCAUGUGUUUCAGAUUUCUAUCAAUCAAUAUGGUACCCGAUCUUUGCAGAAGAUAAUUGAUACUGUCGAAACAGAACAACAUAUUGAUAUGAUUGUUAGUGGCUUUUCGCAGCAGUUUACGUCCAUUGCUCAAGUAGUGACUCUAAUCAAUGAUUUAAAUGGAAAUCAUGUCAUCCAAAAGUGUAUUUUCAAGUUUCAACCCACUAAAUUUGAUUUUAUUAUCGAUGCAAUUGUGGAGAAGGACAACAUUAUUAAAAUUUCUACCCACAAGCAUGGUUGUUGUGUUUUACAAAAGCUGUUGAGUGUUUGCACCUUGCAGCAGAUCUUCAAGAUUUCUGUAAAGAUUAUUCAGUAUUUGCCAGGAUUGAUAAAUGAUCAAUUUGGCAACUAUAUUAUUCAGUUUCUGUUUGAUAUCAAGGAGCUUGACUUCUAUUUGUUAGGGGAGAUUUUUGGUAAGUUGUUUCAUGAGCUAUGCCAGUUGUCCUGUUUAAAGUUUUCAUCCAAUGUUGUGGAGAAGUUCAUCAAGAAACUUUUCAACAUCGUGCAUGAUUCUCUUUCGGAAAAUUCGGGGUUUUCUACAUCUUCGUUUACUUCCGUGAAGAUGUUGUCUAAUAGCUUCCAACCGUACCAACAACAAGCUGAUGAUGUUGUACAUGUUGCAAUGGGUAUCCUGUUGACAAUUAUAGAUAUAUUCACUGCUAAUUUGAACAUUUUGAUCAGAGAUAACUUUGGAAACUAUGCUUUGCAGACUUUACUUGAUAUCAAAAACUAUUCCCGUUUGUUAGAGAUCCCUGGUAAUAACUAUGUCCAUAUGUCCCCAAAGCUCACCAAGUUCAGUCAUGAAUUUACUUUGAAAGUUGGUAAUCUAAUUGUUUUAACUAAAGAGUUGUUGCCUAGCAUCAAAACCACAUCCUACGCUAAGAAAAUCAAGCUGAAAGUGAAGGCUUAUGCAGAGUUAACCGGCGUAUCCUUCAGUGACUUAUCCCCAAAGAAAAGCCAACAGAAUUUGCCUGGUACCAUUAGUGCUGGAAAUAUGGCCACUAAUUCCAACUCUAUUCACCGUAAGCAGCAUAUUAGGCACUUCUCAUUACCUGUGAACUCGUUCCGUCAUCAAAGGAGUAACAGUACUGUUUCUCUGUCUAAUGGAUAUCAUCAGCAACAACCAUCUCAGCAACAUCAGCAGUUGGGCAUGAUAGGAUUAUCACAGAAGUUGAAUUUCAAUACUCCGCAGCAACCUCAACAAUCUCCACCACCCCAACAUCAACAGCAACAGCAACAACAACAACAGCACCAGCAGCAAUUGUCUCAACAGCCUAUUUUCACACAACCUCAACCUCCGCACAUACAAAUUGUAUCACCAUCCCCACAUCAAUCAAUGGAUCAUCAAUUGCAUUAUCAACAGCAACAACAGCAGCCGCAGUCUCGGCAACAGUUCCAGCAACAAGAAUACCUGUGUAACAAUUUUUCUAACGCUGCUGGUCCAAAUUCUGUUGCCCUUAUUGAUCCAUUGGCAUACGAUCAGCAUCAGAAACUACAUUGGCAUCAGCAGCAACAACAACAACAACAACAACAACAACAACAACAACAACAACAACAACAACAACAGCAGCAGCAUGUCUUGCCUCAUAUUCGUCAUAAUUUAAGUGAUACUGGUUUGUUUAUGCACCGCAAUUCAACACCGGCUAAUUCAAACAUGUUGGCAAUGAGUAGUGGAGCAACAACUCCAACUCCAACGCCACAACAGUCGAUGUAUAUGACACACGCAACUGCAAUGGAAUAUCAGAUGAAUAUGGGAAAGGGAUUUUAUCGUUGA